AUGAGUUCCAGUCAAAAAGGGGAGAAACAGGAGCUGCCAAAGUCACUGGAGCUAAGCAAAGGUCUAAAGCAGCUGUACCAGCACCAGUUGCUCUGUGAUGCCACGUUAGUGUGUGAAGAAAGGAGAUUCUCCUGCCAUAGAGUACUGCUAGCAGCUGUCAGUCCUUACUUUAAGAAUGUUUUCACAAGCUCCUGCAAAGAAUUCCAGGGUGGAGAAGUUGUGCUGCAGGAUAUGGCUCCUUCCAUCCUCCAAAGCAUAUUAAAAUAUAUCUACACAGAAAAGCUAUCACUUAGUCUAGAGACAGCCCCAGAUCUGUUUGCAGCAGCCAGCAAGCUACAGAUCCUCCCCCUAGUGGAGAUCUGCUACAGGUUUCUUCUGAAGACCAUUUCCAUACAGAACUGCAUUGGGCUGUACAGACUGGCUCAGGCUUACAACCACCAAGCUCUCCUUUAUGCUACCAUGCAGCUCAUCACCCUAAACUUUGGAAGGUUCUGUGAGGAUGACGACUUCUUGAGUCUGGAUGUCAGCAGUUUAAUCACCAUCCUGUCUUCAGAUGGCCUUGCAGUUGCUUCUGAGUUAGAAGUGUACCAGGCUGUGCGUCGCUGGAUACAGUUUCAACCCACCACAGGCCACAACCUCCUCAAUGAGCUGAUGAGGUGUGUCCGGCUGCCUCUCUUGACAGAUAGAGAGCUUGUGGAUGUGCAGCUGGAUUCAGAACGGUAUGGGGAUGUUCAGCAUCACUGGAAGCAGCUGGACAGUGAAGAGAGGUUGCUCGAGAGCGGGGGACUCAGACAGGGCAUGUCUGAUGAACUGAUAGUGUGUGUAGAUUCACAGAUGUGGGAGGACCAAGAGCUGGAGAAUGAAGAUUUUCUGAUGGGCUCUUACGAUCCUCAUGCAGAAAGGUGGGAAAAGCUCCCAGGCUUGAAAUCUUUGACACAUCCAGCCUGUGUGGCACUUGGAGACAAGCUCUAUGUAUCUGGAGGCAUCUGCAGGAAUUCUUAUUCAGAUGCUUUGUAUGAGUUCAACUCUUUUAAAGGCCAGUGGACACAGCUCCCUUCAAUGUCUGUGCCCCGUGCUACACAUGGAUUCCUAAUCUGUAACCAGAGGCUGUAUGCUAUGGGAGGCUGGCGUGGGUUUCAUGAGUUCCUCAAUUCUGCAGAACGCUUUGACAUAGCAGAGCAGAUAUGGACUCCCAUAUGUAGGAUGCCUUUUGCUCUGAGCCGUUCUGCCUCCGUAGUUCUCAAGAGGAAACUAUACUUACUAGGGGGAGCAACAGGCCUGACUGGCUCUUGGCAAUUUCAUAGAGGACUUCUGAUCUAUGAAGUUAGCACGGACACAUGGACACAGGUGUCUCUGAACAAUGGGUUCUUUUCAGCGGGUGCGGUUGCCAUGAAUAAUGGGAUAUAUGUUAUAGGUGGGUAUGCUGAAAAGAGAACCAGAGAGUGGGUCGAGGGUGGUCUCAUACCAGAAAACCGUCACUGCACUAGAAAGUGUUUCUUUAUCUCUGGUGAUGGUAGUAUGAAUGAGGAGGUGAUUGUUCCAAAACUGCCAAAGGGAAUUGCUAAUGCUGCAGUGGUCCGUUGGGAAAAGAGGAUCUAUGUCUUGGGUGGGGAAAAUUUAACCCAAUGUUAUAAAACAAUUUAUUAUUGGGAACCCGGUGAGCCCAAGUGGAGCAAAUGCCCAGAAGACAUCCCUGUCUCUCAUGAAGGUGUCAGUGGGUUUGGUUGUACAAUGCUAAAGAGACCCAAAAAGGAGAUCCUGUCCCUUUUUCAAACGACAUCGGUAGCCCUGAUAGAGCUGCCGGAGCUCCCCCAUGCCCCCUACCCGGAAGAGCUGCCGGAGCUCCCCCGCACCUGCUACCCGGAAGAGCUGCCGGAGCUACCCUGUGCCCGCUACCCGGAAGAGCCGCCGGAGCUCCCCCAUGCCCACUACCCGGAAGAGCCGCCGGAGCUCCCCCAGCUGCCGGAGCUCCCCCGCACCUGCUACCCGGAAGAGCUGCUGGAGCUACCCUGGACAGACUUUCCGGAGGAGCUGCCGGACCUACCACCCAGCCCCGGCCGGGACAAACCCAUGAACCUGGACCCUGCAGAGGAUGAUCCCAGGAUCCAGUCCCUGCUACCCAUGCAAAUCGUAUACCUUCCCUCCCAGUACUGGGAAGUGAUAGGGUCAUCUCUGGGAGGAUUUCCUGGAUGGAAGAACCAGGGGGAUCCAAAGGAGCACUGCAAUGACUUCUACACCCACCCUUCUCCCAGCUCUCAGUGCAGCAACAUAGGAUUUGCCACAAAGGAACAGACCGUGCUCCAUCCAGUCCAGGAUGAUGCCACUGAAAGUAGCCAGCGCAAGAUCCUUCACCAGAAGAAACCCUGCAGCAGCAAUUAUGGGCUAACAUGCCCCAAGGAAAGGUUCUUCCUGAUCCUCAGUAGUCAGAGGUUGACUCACGCCCUGAAGCAGGAGGGUUUAUCCUCCAGCUAA